AUGCAAUUUCACUUGGACAUUGUAAUGACGUUAAGCCCUUGCUUUCACCUUAAGGAGAAAAAUGGUAAUCACCCAACGUAAACCACAACUCGUUCCAUGGAUCAAAAAGUAACUGACUAAAGUAGACAGAGCCUCUCGCUUUCCGGUCCUCCCUUCCAGCUGGAGUCCUGCUUCUCAGUUACUCGGAUCCUCUUCCGGUGAAGUUUCCAUUUCUAGCCUUUUAGUCUCCUCUUCUUCUGGCUCGGGUCCUUCUCCAAGUAUGUUCGGAUUCUCACCACAACAAUCGUCGUCCCCCGCCUUUGCUUCAUCCCCCGCCUUUGGUGGGGGCUUUGCUUCAUCUUCUUUUGGUGCCGCCUCCUCGUCGCCUGUUGCUUCAUCUUUUUUUGGUGCCUCCUCUUCGUCGUCUGUUGCUUCAUCCCCCGGCUUUGGUGGGGGCUUUGAUUUAUCUUCUUUUGUUGCCGCCUCCUCGUCGCCUGUUGCUUCAUCUCUUUUUGGUGCCUCCUCUUCGUCGUCUGUUGCUUCAUCCCCCGGCUUUGGUGGGGGCUUUGCUUUAUCUUCUUUUGGUGCCGCCUCUACGUCGUCUGUUGCUUCAUCUCCUUUUGGUGCCUCCUCCUCGUCGUCUGUUGCUUCAUCUCCUUUUGGUGCCUCCUCCUCACUGUCUGUUGCCUCCUCUUCUGGUUUUGCCUUCUUACCGUCUGAGUCUCCAGCUCCUAUCUCUCGGAGUUCAUUCUCGUUCGUGUCAACCCCCUCCCCCUUUGCUACUACAUGCACCGACACUUUGUUUGGGUCUUCAGCUUCCGUCUCUUCAAGCCCCUUCGGGUCGACCUACUCCACUCUCGAGGCCUCUGCUCCUCCAUCUCUUUUUCGUACCUGCCGACGUUUCGAAUCUACAGCUCCCAUCUAUUCAAGCUCGUUCGAGUCAUCCUCCUCCGCUUCUGCUCCUUCAUUUUCUUUCCCACUGUCUGGGUCUACGGCUCCAGCCAAUUCAAGCUUAUUUGGGUCAGGUUCGACUCCCGUAUCCAUUUCAUUAGUAUCAUCUUCAUCUGCUCCUAGUGCCGCUGCCACUACUGGAUUAUUUGACUCCGGUUCGUGCCGGACCUCUUCUAACAGCGCCACCACCAUUACUGGAACUAUCAGUUCUUUAUCUCCAUCCUUCAAAAUGAGCAUUCCUGUGACCUCAUCAGCAUCAGAAACACAAUCAAAAGCUGCUCCGUCUUCUACUCGUGAGAUUGGUAGCGAGGAUGACCAGGUGAGUGAAAGUGUUGAAAAGGUGCCAAUAGAUCAAAUGGCAAAGAUAGGUGAAGACCAGGAUGAAAAACAAGGCACUAUGGUUGGUGGGCAGGAUUGUGCUAACUCGUCUAUGGAUCCCACCACUAGCACUAUUGAGGAGACAACCAUUCCAGCCAAAGUGCAUCUUGCUACUGCAGAGCAAAUGGCUACUGAAGCAAAUAAACCAUCGGUCAAGGAAGUUGAUGACGAGCCUCCUGAGAAUUCAUCUACUGAAUCCGAAGUUUUCGAUGGAGAUAAAAUUGGUCAUUCAGCAUCUGGGAGUCUCGCAUCUCGUGAAUCCUCUCCAUGUGCAGACUCCGAGGACUUAGCUCUAGCUUUGCAGAAUUCUUCUCCGGCUCAGUAUGCUCCUAUCUUUAACCAAAUAUUAUGCAGAUAUGGUGACAUCAGUAACGAGAGCAAACUCAAGAGUAUCGAGGCUAAGGCAGCUUUCUUCCAGCUGUUGGCUAAAGUUGUUGAACGGUUGAGCAACCAUACUGUCAAGAGCCUUGAUUCUGGUGAAUUGCAACGCAUGCAGGAGUGGAUAGAUGAUGCAGAAGCUGUUGGGUUUAAGGUAAAAUGGUUGCAACAGAGGUUUAAAAAUAUAGUUACAGUUUCUAGAUACCAAGAACGUCUGAUGCAGUUAAAUGAGAUAGGUGAACAGAUCAGUGCUGCAAAGAUAUCACUGAGAGCGAUGAAGCUUCGACAAAUUAAUUUAAAGGAGGAAGUUGAUACCAUAAAGGUUGAACUUGAUGGCGAUAACUUUGAUGAAUCUAAUCUAUGUGAAGGGCUCUUCUGAAGUAUCGGCUAGGAAAUGGAAUUAGUAAUGCUGUACUUUUUAGCUUCGUAUCUAGUCCCGCCUACCUCUCUGUCCCUCUUCUUCUCAUAUUCCUGCACAGUCGUAAUCAGUGAAAAGUACAAACUUCUAAAUGUUAAAUAUCAUAUGUAGAUAUACGUUCUGUGAUAUCAUUUCCACCUAAUUCUUCACUAUGCUUACUAUUA